AUGCUGGAUUAACAGGCAUGGACAUCAAGAAAAGACGCUAAUAGGAUCAAGCUUCCAGUGGAAAGACCACAAAUAGACCCGGCCUGCUGCAAACGUCCACACGGAAACAUUGCUUUUGGUUCUGGUGUUUCAGUGGAGAAUUGGGGACCAAAAGCGAAGAGAUGAAGUUUCUGCAAAGUUUGGUUCUGCUGGUGUCAGUGGCGUUCCUUAGGGGGGGUGCAGCAGAGUCCCAAACGGCCUCCCAGGAUGCUUUAAAAGAGUUGUCCCAGGCUGGGGAGAAGGUGGUGGGCGAGGAGGUCAAGCGGGCCUUGUACGGCGUCAAGCAGAUGAAGGAGGUGAUGUGGAGGAACGAGCAGAAGCACGAGCACCUCAUGAAGUCUCUGCAACACAGCAGCGAUAAGAAAAAGGGGGCGGCAGAGCUGGCUCAAGACGUGUCUGUGAAGCUGCAGGAGGCUGAGGAGCACUGCAGGACAUCCUUACAGUCAGAGUGGGAUCGGUGUAGGCCCUGCUUGGAGGAGGCAUGCAAAGCCUUCUUCAGCACUACCUGUCGUAGAGGUUUUUCCACCUUCCAAACUAAGGUGGAGAACUUUUUCCACAGGGUGUCCAAACGCUUCAACUUCGGUGAAGCUGAGCUGGAAGCAGGUGACAUCCUAGUGAACCAGGACCCGGAUGACCCCGAUGUAGAAGUGGUCCGCAUCCAGGAUUCCUUCACUCGCCUGAGCCGGAAAGUGGGAAUGCUGGUAAACAACAGUGUGGCCCUGGCCUCCAGGAUGAGCGUGAAGCUGGACCGAGCUCUUCAGAAGGCUCUUCUGAACGGUCACUUGGUCCCGACCACCACGACGACGACGCAGACCACCGCUGACCCCAAUGACCCAGCCCGGGACUCGGGUUUCCUGCAGGGGGUGGGCUUGGAGGAGGUGCUGGACUCCUUCUUUGACUUUGGCCGCAGUGUGGUGGAGGAGUUUGGGGCGGUGGUGACGCAGGUGUUUGAUGACCUCCAUGGACCAGGGGGGGAUGACAAGACAGGGAAAAGCAUCCCCCGCUUCCUCCAGAACAGGAAGCUGUGCAGGGACCUCCGCAGGCAGUCGUCAGAGUGCUGGCAGUUCCAGACGCAGUGUGAAGCCUGCCAGGGGGCCUUGUCCACAGAGUGUCCCAACGUGAGGGAGCUGCACAUGGAGCUGGACCAGGUCUCCCAGCUGAUGGGAAUGUCCAAGGAGCAGUAUGAUGAGAUCCUGUCCAUCGUGCGGCGACACGCCGACGAGACAGUCAGCUGGCUGGGCGACAUGGCCGCCGAGUUCAGCUGGGUGACUUGGGCGGUGGGCGACGGCGGCGGGCCACAAAACAUCUUCCGCAUCACAAGGGUGACACCAAGGAGCCAAGACCUAAACCUGCCAGCAGCAGAAACUCAAGUGGAGGUGAACAUCCUCAACUCCCCCCACUUUAUCUUCUCCGUGCCAGGGGAGCUGGACCUGCAGGAACCUGCCUUCAUUGAGUAUGUGGUCCAAGAGGCCCUGGUGAAGUACAAGGAGAUGGUCAGGUAUGAGGAAGAUGAGGAGUAGAUGACAACCAAUCACAGAGCUCGAUGGAGUUGCACAAUUUGAGUUAUAUAAACAGCAAAAUGCUUUUCUUACCUGCUGCCAGCUAUACUUGGAAGUAAAUGUAACAUUUCAGUAGAACAAAGUCAAAUCAAAAAAAUACAUUUUUAAGCAAAAAUGUUUAUUUUUUUUCUGUACAAAAAUUCUAUUAGUUACCAUUUUGUGUCAUUUCAUCACCCCCCCUCCUGCCAACAUAGUUAAAUCCUAACUGUAGGAACAAUCACAAAUUAGGUAAUCCAGAGGGAAACAAAGUUAAAAACAAAAUAAAAUGUAAAAAAAAAAACUUUCACAUCUUUCACGUAUGUACGUAAAUGUUCCCAACAUGCACCAUCAGACAGACAGGAAAUAUAAUAAAAAAUUUGCAUUAUUAGCUCUGUUGUUUAAAAACAAUUGUGUUUGAGUGUUAGGCUAAGUAGAGUAGAGUCGAUGCAACAUGAAGUUGCUUUGUUUAGUGUUUAGCUGACAUAACACCAUGGUUCGGGGGGGUGGGGUGUGGCGGGGGAGGCAAGGAUGUAUCCAUCACAAUCAGCAGAUUGCAUAAAUGUCAUGCUUUUGACUGUGCGCUAUAUUGGACCAUGAUACUGUAUGUUAACGAGGUACGGUUCAAGUCUUUUGAUGCAAAAUGUCACUGAAAUGUGCUUUUCAUCCAAAAAAAACAAACAAUACAACAAAAAUAAACUCCCUAGAUACAGGAAAUGUUGAUUUUUUUUUUAAGUUAGUGUUUUUGCAUGAAAAUGAUGUCAUUUUUUUUAAUCCAUCAGAAUGUAACCAAAAAAAGAAAGUCAUCUUGCCAUUUGUCCACACUUACUAAAAUUCAUUUUCUGUACAUACGCGCACAUUCCUGCACCAUCUGUCAGCCAACACACACUCUCAACAAACCACCAUACAUAUAAAAGAUCUCCACUCCCAUGGGGGAGAUUUAUUUUGCAGAAUAAAAUAAUAAGCGGGAGAACGAAUGGAUGAUUCAUAA